AUGGCUUCCGAGAAAACCCACCAAGUUCAUCCUCCUCUUCACUUUGUUCUUUUCCCUUUCAUGGCUCAGGGUCACAUGAUUCCUAUGGUCGAUAUUGCUAGGGUCUUGGCUCAGCAUGGUGCAACCGUAACUAUUGUCACGACGCGUUAUAAUUCAGGGAGGUUUGACAAUGUCUUGAGCCGUGCCAUCGAGUCUGGCUUGCCCAUCAACAUAGUGCAUGUGAAGUUUCCAUAUCAAGAAUUUGGUUUGCCAGAAGGAAAAGAGAAUAUAGAUUCGCUUGACUCGAUGGGGUUGAUGGUACCUUUCUUUAAAGCGGUUAACAUGCUCGAAGAUCCGGUUAUGAAGCUCAUGGAAGAGAUGAACUCUAGACCUAGCUGUAUAAUUUCUGAUUUGCUCUUGCCGUAUACAAGCAAAAUCGCCAAGAAGUUCAAUAUACCAAAAAUUGUUUUCCACGGCAUAGGUUGCUUUUGUCUUUUGUGUGUGCAUGUUUUACGCCAAAACCUCGAUAUCUUAAAGAAUUUAAAGUCGGAAAAAGAGUAUUUCCGGGUUCCUAGUUUUCCUGAUAGAGUUGAAUUUACAAAGCCUCAAAUUACAGUGGAUACAAAUGCAAGUGGAGAUUGGAAAGAGUUCUUGGACGAAAUGGUAGAAGCAGAAUACACAUCAUAUGGUGUGAUAGUUAACACAUUUGAAGAGUUGGAGCCUGCUUAUGUCAAAGACUACAAAGAGGCUAGGGCUGGAAAAGUAUGGUCCAUCGGACCCGUUUCUUUGUGUAACAAGGCAGUGUCUGACAAAGCUGAAAGGGGAAACAAGGCUGCCAUUUAUCAAGAAGAGUGUCUUAAAUGGCUUGAUUCUAAAAAAGAAAGUUCAGUGCUCUAUGUCUGCCUAGGAAGUAUUUGUAAUCUUCCUCUGGCUCAACUCAAGGAGCUGGGUCUAGGCCUUGAGGAAACCCAAAGACCUUUCAUUUGGGUCAUAAGAGGUUGGGAAAAGUAUAAUGAACUAUCUGAGUGGAUGAUGGAGAGCGGUUUUGAAGAAAGAAUCAGAGAGAGAGGCCUUAUCAUUAGAGGGUGGGCACCUCAAGUCCUUAUCCUCUCUCAUCCUUGUGUUGGGGGAUUCUUGACACACUGUGGAUGGAACUCGACUCUCGAAGGAAUCACCUCUGGCGUUCCACUGCUCACAUGGCCGCUGUUUGGAGACCAAUUCUGCAACCAGAAACAGGUCGUGCAGGUGCUAAAAGUGGGUGUAAGUGCUGGGGUUGAAGAGGUCAUGAGAUGGGGAGAAGAGGAGAAAAUAGGAGUUUUGGUGGAUAAAGAAGGGGUGAAGAAGGCAGUGGAAGAAUUAAUGGGCGAGAGUGAUGGUGCAAAAGAUAGAAGAACAAGAGUUCAAGAGCUUGGAGAAUUAGCUCACAAGGCUGUGGAAGAAGGAGGCUCUUCUCAUUCUAACAUCACAUUGUUCUUACAAGACAUACGUCAAGUACAAUCUGUUGGAAUAUUUUAAUAAAUAUAAUUCUACGUUUUAAGA